AGGGAGAGGGCAGCCCAGUCUGGUUCCCGGGACCGCGAUCCGCCGCGUACCAGGCAGGGUGCGCAGCCAGUGGGGACGCCCCGGACUCCGCGGCGGUUGCCGCCCCUCCUGCGGCUGGAGCGCUUCCAGAACAGAGGCGCAGCCUCGCUCUCCUCGGCGUUCGCUCCGGCGUCCUCCCUCCAGCUCCGGCGCCUCCUCCUUCAUCUCUCCAGCAGCGGCUCCCGCAGCCGGCUCCAGGAGGCGGCGGGGCGCGCUUCCCUCUCCUCGUCCUCCCCCCUAGUCUAGCUCUAUCCCCGGUAACUUUCCCGACCCGAGACCCGCGGUGCAGAAGUCCCGGGCAGCUGCAGGGCCGACUGCCGACCUCAGGCGGAGAGCGCGGCGGUGCCCAGAACUCCAUCCCCAAGCCCUCUGGGCGCUCCGGAGAGAACAGGACCAUGUCCCGGGCUGGGGACCAAGGCAAAGCCCCGGAGAGAUGGCUGGGCUUUGGGCUUUUGGGCCUCUUCCUGCUCCCCAUGUGCCUGUCGCUGGAGGUGUCUGUGGGAAAGGCAACCACCAUCUAUGCUGUCAAUGGCUCGGCCAUCCUGCUGCCCUGCACCUUCUCCAGCUGCUUUGGCUUCGAGAACCUCUACUUCAGGUGGAACUACAAUAACACCGAUGUCUACAGGAUUCUCAUAGAUGGCAUUGUAAAGAACGAGAAGUCAGACCCCAAGGUGAGGGUAAAGGAGGAUGACCGAAUCACCCUGGAGGGUUCCACUAAGGAGAAAAUGAAUAACAUUUCCAUUCAGUUGCGUGACCUGGAGUUCAGUGAUACCGGCAAAUACACUUGCUACGUGAGGAACCCCAAGGAGAAGGACUUGGCUAACUCUGCCACCAUCUUCCUCCAAGUGGUUGAUAAAUUGGAAGAAGUGGACAACACAGUGACACUCAUUAUCCUGGCAGUGGUGGGUGGGGUCAUUGGGCUCCUGGUCUGCAUCCUCCUGCUGAAGAAAUUCAUCACCUUCAUCCUCAAAAAGACCCGAGAGAAGAAGAAGGAGUGUCUUGUGAGUUCUUCAGGAAAUGACAACACAGAAAAUGGGUUGCCUGGCUCCAAGGCAGAAGAGAAACCACCCACAAAAGUGUGAGGUCCUGUUUGGGGCCAAGCAGCCAAGGAACCUCGAAUUCUGAUGGUGCCAUUGAUGCCUGCAUCCUGUCUGUGGAACCCACAUACUGAGACAUCUGCUGCUUGGCUCAAACUGUAGUCUUUUUUGAGUAGGAAGGAGCAGGUCCUGCCCAAACUUCCCUGCUCCCUCUCUAGCUGGGGCUUUCCAAGGACAAGAGCUGGCUGGGGGAGGGAGCCUGGGGGAGGUCCAGGAAAGGGAAAAGGGGCUGGGGCAGUGUGGAAGGGUUGGUCCCCUGACAUGUAGGAAAAUGGGGUCUCCUUCAGGCUCCCCACCUCUUUGAUAGCCCCUCACUUUUCCUUCUGAUUUCUCACCAGAGAAUUGGAGGUAUCAGUGAGGGCUGUCCCCAAAGCUGAGCCUUAGAGAUGGAAGGGUGAGCACUCAUGAUGGUGGGAGUGUGUUGGGACUCUGAGGUGGAGUCUGCUGGUAUCAGGCCACUGUGGGAGAUAAUCUGGGCUUUGAAGGAGAUCUGAUUUCCAGAAAGUUCUUCAUAGGGGAACUUCUAUUUCACCCACCCUGGAACACCUGUCCACAUUGUCCCAGCUCCCUUUUCCAUGCCCUGCUUUUAAUUUCUAGAUCCUGCUAGGCCUGGCUGCCUUGGUCUUGGAGGAUCCUAGCCUACCCAGCCCACUUCUGCUCUUUGGGCUGCUGAGGAGGCUCGUAGAGGGACCCCUUGAUCCUUCUUGGAACACCGGAGUGCUAUAUGCAUCUUUCCUGGGUUUUCUCCUUGGGGAAAUUGGACUGCAGAGGUGGGAGAGAUAGUGUCCCAGAUCUCUCAACCACUGGAAUAUGUACCCCAACACUUCAAGGUGGGCAGCCCUUACCCUUGGCAUGGCAGGACCAUGCCACUUCCACACUCCCAGAGUUCAGCUUCCUCCACUCUUCCCCUUCUCUUCAAACAGCUGGUGUUGCUGGACUUUACUUGAGGGUUGGCUUUCUGGAAGCUCCCAUCCCAUUGGUUUGCUUCUCCUAUGUCGCUCCAGCUCUCCUGGGCUGCCCUUACCCCAGGGCUGCCCACCUGAGCCUUGGGUCUGCCUUUGCCUCAGGGACCCUCUUCUUCAGAUGAGAAGGCCCUUGGCUUUUCUGGCUGCUUCUUGUUCAACUGGGCCAGCUCCUCUCCCACCCUGAUGUGGAGGAGGAGCAGGGAGAGGGCACCCCCACUUUUUGCUUCUUGCAGAACUGAUUUGAACACCCCUGGAGUUAGAUUGUGCCUUAGCUACUUGAGCCCUGGCUCCUAUCCCCUCUUUCUCCAGCCCUUGCCCCUUGACCCAACUGCGUAGUCUGGUGUGACUCCAGUGGGGGUUCCCAGCUCCUGUUCCAAGGUCAUGGAGUUAUAUUAAUGAUGUGACUGGUGGCACCUUGGAGACACCUGCAAGGUGCUCCCAUCCUUGUCUCUGACACAGAGACAGAUGGUAUCAGAUGUAGGACCUUCAGAUGGGUUUGAUUGUGUGGGUCCCAGUGAUAUACAAGAUGUAAUCCUAGGGGUCUCCAUUAGAUUUUUGACACUCUGUAUUCUCCCUACACACAAGAUGGAGAGGAGAAGCUCUCCAUCUUGGAGAUGGGAGUGGGUAUGAGGACGGCUUCAGGGCUCUGCCCAGAAGCAGUUGCAGGCUUCCCCCAAGGUGAAAGUUGGUGAAGACUGAGGAACAAUAGCACUCGUGGAGUGCCUGAGGCUAUGGCCAGUACCUCUUGCUCAAGUCAAGGGGCUCACAGUUCCCUGCCUCCUCUCCUUCCAUCCUUCCUUACCCAGAACCCAUUGGGGGCUAGAGUACAAAUUGCCCUCCUGCUUUUUUUUUUUUUUUUU